UAAGCUUCCGUUAUGCGCAGAGUUCGUGGAGUGGCCAGAUCAUAAAAGUUUAUUGUACAUAACCUUACCUUGCAUGUUAUAUUUCUGCAAGUGACUGUUUUUACCUUUGACCUCACCAAGCUCUCCUUCUAAAGAGACAUUCAUUAUACAUGUAUUUUCUUGGAUAAGCAUUUCUCAUGAAAGAUCCACUUUUUAUGGUCAUUUCUUGCUCCUAAAUCUUCAAACAACAGAUUCUUCAUUUUCUUUUCUAUUCUUUUUUUUUUCUCUAUUUACUAAUUUUAUUUUGGAAUACACUCUAAAAAUUAAAACCACUGUGAUUGUCAGCAAGAACACCACCAUAAUAGUAGCACAAGCAUUGUGCUUUUUCUCACUCCAAUUAUGACACUCUCUUUUCUCCUUGUCUCAAGAUUUGAGCAUUAGGUGGCACAUGUUACAGUAGCUUUCUUUGGUUCUGUUUAAAUGCAUGUCCAAUGGUGCUUUGUGGAUCAUGUAUGGAGCUUGUUGUGACACUGUUUCUUGCUCUUGCUUCACUUGUUUUCAGUUUAACAGACCCCAAUGACUUUGCUAUUAUCAAUGAAUUCAAAAAAGGACUGGAAAAUCCUGAGCUUUUGAAAUGGCCUGAAAAUGGUGGAGACCCCUGUGGUUCUCCAGUUUGGCCACAUAUUGUGUGUGCUGGUACCAGAAUUCAGCAGAUUCAAGUCAUGGGUUUGGGAUUAAAAGGCCCUUUACCACACAACUUGAAUCAGUUGUCAAAGCUCACAAAUUUGGGCUUGCAAAAGAACCAAUUUAGUGGCAAGUUGCCAUCUUUUAGUGGCUUGUCUGAAUUGAAGUUUGCUUACUUGGAUUUCAACCAAUUUGACACAAUCCCAUCAGAUUUUUUCAGUGGACUUGUCAAUCUACAAGUUUUGGCUUUAGAUAGUAAUCCUCUGAAUGCUACUACUGGUUGGUCAUUACCAAGUGGAUUGCAAGAUUCAGCUCAGUUGCUCAAUUUGACAAUGAUUAACUGUAGUUUGACUGGUCCUUUGCCUGAAUUUCUUGGAACUAUGUCUUCUUUAGAGGUUUUGUUGCUGUCCACAAAUAGGCUUUCAGGGCCUAUUCCAACCACUUUCAAAGAUGCAGUGUUCAAGAAGCUUUGGUUAAAUGAUCAAUCUGGUAAUGGAAUGAGUGGUCCAAUUGAUGUUGUUACAACAAUGGUGUCACUCACAAGUCUUUGGCUUCAUGGGAACAAAUUUUCAGGUAAAAUCCCAGAGGGGAUUGGUAAUUUAACAAAUUUGAAGGAAUUCAAUGUGAAUAGCAAUGAACUUGUUGGUUUAAUCCCUGAAAGUUUAGCUAAUAUGCCAUUAGACAGUCUUGAUUUGAAUAAUAAUCAUUUUAUGGGUCCAGUUCCUAAGUUCAAGGCUACUAAUGUUAGUUUCCAAUCCAACCCUUUUUGUCAAACCAAACAAGGGGCAACUUGUGCCUUAGAAGUUAUGGCACUUUUAGAGUUUCUUGAUGGGGUGAAUUAUCCUUCUAGGCUUGUUGAAUCAUGGUCUGGUAAUAAUCCUUGUGAUGGAAAUUGGUGGGGAUUAAGCUGUGACAAUAAACAAAAGCUUAGUGUCAUAAACUUGCCUAGGUCUAAUCUUUCUGGUACCUUGAGUCCUUCAAUUGCAAAUCUUGAAUCUGUUACUCACAUUUAUCUUGGAUCUAAUAAUCUUUCUGGUUUUAUUCCAUCUACUUGGACUAGCUUGAAAUCUUUGUCUGUCCUUGAUUUGAGUAAUAACAAUAUUUCCCCACCUCUGCCAAAAUUUACCACCCCUUUGAAACUUGUUUUAAAUGGGAAUCCGCAACUGACCUCUGGUACUUCUGGAGCAAACCCUUCGCCAAACAACAGCACGGCCCCUGCGACUUCACCCUCUUCGUCUGUACCAUCUUCACAACCCAAUGGUUCAAGCUCUGUCAUUGUUAAACCCGGUGAGCAGUCACCAGAAAAGAAAGAUUCCAAGUUUAAGUUAGCCAUAGUUGUGGUUCCUAUUGCAGGUUUUGUAGUUUUGGUUUGUCUUGCUGUUCCGUUGUGCAUUUAUGUCCGUAAGAAGAGUAAAGAUAAGCAUCAAGCUCCAACUUCUCUUGUGGUUCAUCCUAGAGAUCCGUCUGAUACUGAUGAUGUAGUCAAGAUUGCAAUUGCCAAUCACACUAAUGGAAGUCUAUCCACGAUGAAUGCAAGUGGUUCUGCUAGCAUACACAGUGGUGAAUCCCAUAUGAUUGAAGCUGGGAGUUUGCUCAUAGCGGUUCAAGUACUUAGGAAUGUGACUAAGAAUUUUUCUCCAGAAAAUGAACUUGGGCGUGGUGGAUUUGGCGUGGUUUAUAAGGGAGAAUUAGAUGACGGGACACAAAUAGCUGUCAAAAGAAUGGAAGCUGGGAUAAUUAGCAACAAAGCCUUGGAUGAAUUUCGAUCUGAAAUUGCUGUUCUUUCAAAAGUCCGACAUCGGCAUUUAGUAUCUCUAUUAGGAUACUCUGUUGAAGGUAAUGAAAGAAUUCUGGUAUAUGAGUACAUGCCACAAGGUGCUCUUAGUAGGCAUCUUUUCCACUGGAAAAACUUCAAAUUGGAGCCUCUCUCUUGGAAGAAGAGGCUUAAUAUUGCCUUAGAUGUUGCUAGAGGGAUGGAGUAUCUACACACGUUGGCUCAUCAGAGCUUCAUACACAGAGAUCUCAAAUCCUCAAAUAUAUUGCUGGGUGAUGAUUUCCGAGCAAAAGUGUCUGACUUUGGACUCGUGAAACUUGCUCCUGAUGGAGAGGGAUCUGUGGUCACCAGGCUGGCCGGAACGUUUGGAUAUCUGGCACCUGAAUAUGCAGUUACGGGUAAAAUCACCACGAAAGCAGAUGUCUUUAGCUUCGGUGUUGUGCUAAUGGAGUUGCUAACUGGGAUGAUGGCACUUGAUGAGGAUAGAACCGAGGAAAGCCAGUACUUGGUUGCAUGGUUCUGGAAUAUCAAAUCCACUAAAGAGAAGCUUAUGGCAGCCAUUGAUCCAGCUCUGGAUGUUAAAGAGGAGAUCAUUGAGAGCAUCUCAACCUUAGCUGAACUUGCUGGUCACUGCACUGCAAGAGAACCAGGCCAACGGCCCGAUAUGGGACACGCCGUGAAUGUACUAAGCCCACUUGUUGAGAAAUGGAAGCCUCUUGAGGAUGAUCCGGAGGAAUAUUGUGGUAUCGACUACAGUCUUCCCCUCAAUCAAAUGGUGAAGGGAUGGCAAGAAUCGGAAGGAAAAGACUUGAGUUAUGUGGACCUCGAGGACAGUAAGGGUAGUAUCCCUGCAAGACCAACUGGAUUUGCGGAGUCCUUUACAUCAGCUGAUGGUAGAUAAAAGAAGGGACUUCUCUGUGUAGUAGAUGUAGAUAGAACUUGUAAGAUUUUGAUCCUAUUCUACUUACUUUCUUUCAUUUGUUUUCUUCAAUGUGAAUGUAUUAGAAAUUUAAAAGGCCAGGAUACAUAAUGUGUCAGCCUUUUCCUUCUGUGAGAUGUAGAUAUAGAAUAGUGAUGAAGGAGAAUAUUACCAGGUGAGCUCCUCACACAGUUACUAUAUAUUUUCAUCUUUUACCUGCAUGAGAAUUUUAGAGCAUUUUGUACCACAAUUUUGCAUACUUUAUAGAUUUAGCACGCUUUAAUUUGC